AGGAAGCUAUUCUUUCGAUUUAAACAGCUCUUUGGAAAAAAAAAAUAUAUAUAUAUUGGCUAUAACCUAACCUUAACCUACCUCCCACAACUUCCCACUACCUUUUUAUAAUUGUAUAAUUGCUACUGUAGAGCAGGUCUUCAAGUCAUAACUUCUACUGAAGAUGAAUAAGAGAUAUCACUAUGCUGAUUUGGGUUGGGCAGUGUAUGUGAUGGCCAGUUUAGCCCUAUCCGAUAGUCUACUAAUAAUCCAAGCAGAAUGCAAUGAAGAUGUCUCUAUGAAGUGUGAAGCUGUCCAGGAUAAGAGCUAUCGAUCUGUUACAUGGUAUAAGCUGAACAACCAGACUGGUAUUAUCAGAAGAAGUAACGGUGAGAAGCCAUAUCCCUUUAGAUUUCCCCGACCUGCUAGGUUUGGACCAAUGGACAGUCUAGUUCUUCCCAGAGUCAGGCCUGAGGAUGCAGGGACAUACCAGUGUCUCCUCAGGGCCAACAUAGGACAGACUAACAGAGAUUCAAAGGUCACCCUCAAUGUAUCUACAGAUUGUGUGAUCCAUACUACAGUGGCAGUGACAGCAUGGCAGAACGUGACUCACACUACCCCAAUGUGUCCCAUACAAUUGGUUGAGGUCUCUGUCAUAUGGACUUCAUGUGGAUUCUUGAUUCUGGGCCUUGUCAAAAUCACUCUGUGUCUCAUCUCUAUGGGGGUUGUUCGAAACAUCAAGAGGAGUCAUAGCAGGAGAAAAAAACAACAACAGUGGUAAAGAAAAUCUUGGUCACAAAGCCACGUUCUGAGCGCAGCGGUCUCAAGAACUGCUGGAUGUUAGGUCUCUGGAAACAUUUGUUAAGCUGUGUUAACACAUGCAGACCAAUUCUGAUUUUUUUUCCCCGAUCACAUCAGAUCUUUUCACAUCAGAUAUUUUUCAGCACUGAUUGAAUUGGUCAAAAAUAUCAGAAUUGGGCUACCUGUGUAAACACAGCCCUAGAGAGUUCACUAUGUCACCUGGAUAAAAGUUUACAGUGCCUUGCGAAAGUAUUCGGCCCCCUUGAACUUUGCGACGUUUUGCCAUAUUUCAGGCUUCAAACAUAAAGAUACAGUGCCUUGCGAAAG